CACAAAGAACCACACACAAAAUAAAAAAUAUUUUCUUAUUUUUUCCCUCUAAAAUAAUCCAUUACUUUAAACUUUCUUUCUCUUUCCAUCAAUAAUAUACAGCUAAAAACAUCUCCACCACUCAAACCUCAACAACAACAAUAACACAUAGAGAGGAACACAUAAACAGGAGAAUAAAAAGUGUUCUGUUUUUGCACAGAGGUUUGUGUUCUGUUCUUGUUGUUCUGUUCUUACAAAAAAUUUCAACCAAAAUAAUUAUUCAGCUGUUAUUUUUGCUACAACUACUCUUCCAUUGACCUUCUCAAUAUCAUUUUUUGUUGAUAAGUUAGAAAAAUUAAUAAAUAUUCAUAACCCUAUUUUUAUAUAUAUUUUUCAUUUUCCAUUCCUCUGUUUUGUCCUGUUUCCUAUGCACUCUACCUUCACCAUACUUCACUGUUCAAACACCAACAAUAAAUGAAUUUCAUCUACAUAUAGAUCUGCAAAAAGGGUCAAUAAUUGCUUAGUUUUGAAGGUUUUGUGAAAGAAAAAAUAUAUUUUUUUUAAAGAAGAAAAAUUCUCUGUUUGAAAAAAAAAAAGCUUUGGUAGAAAAUUAUGGAGUCAGAUCUUCAUCAACAACAACAACCACAAGUAAAUUCUUCAGGUUUAACACGGUUUAAAUCAGCACCAAGUUCAUAUUUCAACAACAUCAUUGACAGAGAAUUCUACGAGCAUGUUUUCAAUAAACCAUCAAGUCCAGAAACAGAGCGAGUUUUUUCAAGGUUUAUUAACAGUUUUGGUUCAGAUGAUGAUUUACUAGCUCAGAAAAUCUCAGUAGAUUCAACAGUGAAAGAAGAAGAAGAGGUAAAUAUUAAUCAACAGCAACAACAACAAGAUCAGGGUUUGGCUUCAAUCAACAAUGAACAUGUGGUUCAUCAGCAGAGUAAUUAUAACAACUCUGUUCCUUCUUCUCAUGGUUUUUAUCAAAGUUCUAUGAUGCCACCUUUGCCAAAUCAGAAUGUUUCUUCUGGUUUGGAUGGAAGUUUUUCAAUGGGAGUUAAUAGGUUGCAGCAGGUGAAGAAUCAUGGUGGAAACAAUUCAAAUCUUAUUAGACAUAGUAGUUCACCAGCUGGAUUAUUUUCUCAAAUUAACAUUGAAAAUGGUUAUGUUAGUAUGAGAGGAAUGGGAACUUUAGGAGCUGUUAAUAACUCAAUGAAAGAAGCAAAGUUUUCUACUGCAAGGAGUUUGAAAAAUCAAUCAAACUAUUCAUCAGGGUUAAUGUCAACAAUAGAUGAAGUUGGUGACAAAGACAAUAGAGAAAAUAAUCUAGAAAAUGAGGCUUUUGGUGAAAGUCAUGGUAACGAAUAUAUGGAUUAUCCGGUUGAUACUUGGGAUGAUUCUGAAAUGAUGUCUGAAAAUGUUGGUGGUUUAAAAAGAUUUAGAGAUAAUGAUUCAAAACAACAAUUUUCUGGUUUAAAUGUUCAGAAUGAAACAGGAGGAGGACAUUCUAAUUCUCCUUUGGCUCAUCAAUUGAGUAUGCCAAAUACUUCAUCUGAAAUGGCAGCUAUGGAGAAGUUUCUGCAUUUCUCAGAUUCUGUUCCGAUGAAAAUUCGCGCCAAGCGAGGUUGUGCCACUCACCCAAGAAGCAUUGCAGAAAGGGUUAGAAGGACUAAAAUUAGUGAGCGUAUGAGGAAGCUACAAGAUCUGGUCCCAAACAUGGAUAAGCAAACAAACACAGCAGAUAUGUUGGACUUGGCUGUGGAUUACAUCAAAGACCUUCAAAAGCAAGCUCAGAAGCUUCAAGAUUGUCAAGCAAAGUGUACGUGCCCACACAAGCAGCAGCAACAACAAUAACGGCAAAGAGUGAAUUAAUUAAUUAGUCCAAUGUACAGAUUUGUAAUAAUUUGGUAUCACCAAGUUUAAAAAAUCUAGCUAGAUUAGCUUUUAUUUGUUAAUGCACUUAAUUCCAAAGAUAAAUUCAUUCAGCCCUUGAUGUACAUAAUGAAGAUAAAUUUGUAGGGUUGCACUUGUUCAACAAUUAUGAGAGAACUAGCUGGGGAAGAAAAGUGGGUUAUUAUAAAUUAAGUUGAGUGUAAUUGAGGGUGUACAAAAAGUCCAUGUGGUAAGUAGAUGCAAUUUAAGCAUUUAUUAGGACCCAUAUUUGGUGAUGAAAUCUAUUGGUAUUGCCGUAUAAUAACAAAUGUGUACGUUUACGUUUCACAUUGAAUGGUUGGUUGGUUGGCAUUGGAUUAUAACAUGGUGGGCGCCGAGACACCGACACAUUUUUGUUGGUUA